AUGUCGAUGGCUCCCAUCAUCACCUUCAAAGCAGGUAUCUGCGACCUGGAUAGCUCCACAACCCCUGCUACUGUGAAACCCAAGCCCACCCCCGGCUAUAUCUACCUCUAUUCCGAAGAUGACCUGGUGCACUUCUGCUGGCGGCCCCGCAGCUCGCCCAUUGACGAGCCCGAAGUUGACUUGGUGAUGAUUCCUUCAGACGGAAGCUUUACUCCCUACAGAAAGGAUGUUACAAAUGGCCGAGUGUUCGUCUUGAAGUUCUCGUCUAGCUCCCAGCGGUACCUAUUCUGGAUGCAAUCCCAGUCGCAGCACGAAGGUGGUGACGCCAGCUGGUUCAGCCCCCGCGAUUUGAAGCUUGGAGAGAUUGUCGAUACUCUUUUGCAGGGCGAAGAGGUGGAUGUGGAACAAGAGAUCGCUAACCUACCCCAACGACCAUCUGGCGGCGAUGACGACGAGACCAUGGAGGAUGUGGAGGGAACAGACAACGAUGCGGCCCAUCACGGUGCAGGCAGUGGUGGAGCUGGUGCAGACGCGACUGGAGGGGAUAUUCGCGAGGAGGGCCAGGAGUCGCGUGAGGGUGGUGCCGAUGGUGGACGAGCAGCAAACGAUUCCGAUCCAUCUUUGGUUGUCCAGGACUUCUUGCGGUCUCUGGGUGGCCAGCGCCAGUCUCAAUCCCAGGACCCCGAACGACCUUCUACAACUCUCCAGGACCUAUUGCCACCUCCCACCACCCUGCCAUUUAUUGAAACCGCCGAUGAAUCUACUGCCGACCACCUUCUCAGCUUCUUGCCGCCUGCACUGCUUCUGCUGGCCCAGGGCAAUGCCGAGGCCUCGGAAGCGGACACGGACCCCGAGUUGGCCCAGGCGGCUCUUCUUUCCCUUGACCUCACUCAGAAAAAAGACAUUCUCCGCAAAGUGCUACGAUCCCCCCCAGUUUACGCAGAGCUUAGCUAG